GAAUGAGAGGGUCAGAGAGGAGCCACCACUUCCACCGCCACCACCGUCACCAUCACCACACACAACUUCUCCAACAGUCACGCGCGUGGACCUACAGGCUGCUCUGCGUCUCUCCCCGCAUAUGGCUGCGUAGAUCCCGCACACCAAAGUUGCGCAGAGCGAAGGCAGCGGAGUUUUCUGCGCGAGGAAACAUGGACCAUUUAAUGAGGAGCAGAGCGCGCAGGAGAAUAGCGCAGUUUCUUUUCAUCCUGUUCCACGUGACAGCGACACGAGCUGCUGAUCCCAUUGAUGUUCUGCGAGUGCUGGAGCUGUCAGAGAACAUGGAGGGCGUGUCCUUGGAGGCCGGUUUCUGCACCAGCAGGAAGGGGGCGGAGGAGACGGACCUGGCCUAUAAGGUGGACAAAAAGAUUCAACUCAGUGCUCCCACCAAGCAGCUCUUCCCUGAUUCCACAUUUCCUGAGACCUUCUCAUUGAUGGCCACGCUUCGAGCUAAAAAGGGCUCCCAGUUUUUCCUGCUCUCGGUGUACGAUGACCAGGGCGUGCAGCAGCUGGGGCUGGAGGUGGGCCGCUCGCCGGUCUUCCUUUACGAGGAUCAACACGGGCAACCGCCACCGGAGAUUUACCCCAUCUUCAAGAAGAUCAAUCUCGCCGACGGAAAAUGGCACCGGAUCGCCUACAGUGUGCAGAACAAGUCCGUGACCCUCUACCUGGACUGUCACAAGGUAGAGACACUGGAUCUGCUGCGAGGGGACAAUGCCGUCGUCAGCACGGAGGGCGUCACGGUGUUUGGGACGCGACUGCUGGACGAACACGUGUUCGAGGGGGAAAUUCAGCAACUACUGAUCGCACGGGACGCAGAGGACGCCGCCAACUACUGUGUAAACUACAUACCAGACUGUGACUCUGCUUUGCCCUACAACAGCCAAGCACUGCAUCUGCAGGAGAAGUCUCCACUUAGUUCUGAUGCCUUCAUGCAAAGCUCCCAGCCGGACGAAGCGAAGGACGGGACGAAAAAGGACAGGAAGGGCAAGAAGAACAAAAAGAAGAGAGACAAGGGCAAACGCAAAGGCAAGGGCAGAAAGAAGGGAUCCAGGAAGAAGAAGCAUGAAGAGGAGGUCCUCCUCGAGGAUGGAUUUCUACGAGUUUCCACGACGCUGCCCGAGUUUCUGUCGCAGGAGCCUUUCCGCCCCACGGAGGUACCCGAAAUCGAGAGCACCCAAGAAUCUGUCCCUCUUCCCUCUGAAGUCUUCGCAGAGGCGCUCACGGAGGUGCCCACACACCAACCUGACGCCACAACCGGGGCCCCCACUGUGGCGCUGAGUGCGCUGCCCGAACCAGUGGUAACUGCGGAGGAGGACAAACCGGCGAAGGAGCCAGUGGCGGAGGAGGAGUACACCGAUGAUGCUCUGUAUGAUGACCUCUCAGUUGCCAUGGUAACCGUGGGCCCCAAUGUGACAGAUUACGAGGUUCUUGAAUAUGACGAUUACAAGAACGAGACCGAGUCAGACUACGAGGAAUACGAAGCGUACUCGGACGGAGACGGAUUUGGCUUCGCGGAGCGAGAGGGAGCCGACACUUGGGAUGGAGAGGCCAGACCCAGAGGAGAGAAAGGCCAGAAAGGAGAGCCAGCUAUUAUUGAGCCGGGUAUGUUAGUGGGGGGACCGCCAGGUCUACCAGGGCCACAGGGACUCGUUGGCCCAGCUGGACCAACAGGACCUCCAGGACCCUGGGGAGAUCCUGGUGAAGUGGGUCCUCCAGGGCGUUCUGGUCUUCCUGGGGCUGAUGGGAUUCCAGGUCCUCCAGGAACCCUGUUGAUGCUGCCGUUCCAGUAUGGAGGUGAUUCCCAGAAGGGACCAGCAGUGUCUCCACAGGAAGCACAGGCACAGGCCAUCCUGCAGCAGGCUCAGCUGUCCAUGAAGGGACCGCCAGGUCCGAUGGGUCUCACAGGACGACCGGGCCCAGUGGGUCUUCCUGGUCCCUCUGGACUCAAAGGAGACAGCGGAGACAGUGGUCCUGCUGGACCACGUGGUUCUCCAGGCCCUCCUGGAUUUGAUGGGAAACCAGGAAAAAGGGGUCGAGCAGGAGUGGACGGAGGUCGUGGAGCUCCGGGUGAAACUGGCUCGAAGGGUGACAGGGGGUUUGACGGCCUGCCAGGUCUCCCAGGAAACAAGGGACAUAGAGGGGACAGAGGGAAGCCUGGUCCGUAUGGGCCUGCCGGAGAGCCAGGAGAGAAGGGAUCCGACGGACCCGUGGGGCCGAGAGGACAGCCCGGCGAACCUGGUUCUCGGGGUCUUGUCGGGCCGAGGGGGCCACCUGGUCCACCUGGACAACCCGGGAUUACUGGGACUGAUGGAGUGCAAGGUUCAAAGGGCAAUCAGGGCCCCUCUGGAGAGAUCGGGCCCCCAGGGCAGCAGGGGAAUCCAGGAGAACAGGGUUUGCCCGGUCCUCAGGGUGCCAUCGGAUUGCCGGGAGAGAAGGGUCCUCGAGGGACGCAAGGCAUGCAGGGACUACCCGGCAUCGACGGCCCGACUGGUCACCCAGGAAGAGAAGGCCCCGCGGGAGAGAAAGGAAUCCAAGGUUUACCAGGUGCUCAGGGGCCUGUCGGGUACCCGGGGACCCGUGGAGUCAAGGGAGCCGACGGAGUGAGGGGUCUGAAGGGGAGCAAAGGAGAGAAGGGAGAAGACGGUUUCCCCGGGUCCAAAGGUGACAUGGGCCUCCUGGGAGACAGAGGUGAUAAUGGAGUACCGGGCGCUCGUGGAGAGGAUGGACCAGAGGGGCUGAAGGGCCAAGCAGGACUCCUGGGAGAUUUAGGAGCUCCAGGCAUUGCUGGAGAGAAGGGGAAACUCGGUGUGCCAGGAUUACCAGGAUACCCAGGAAGACAAGGUCCUAAGGGUUCAGUGGGCUUCACUGGAUUGGCGGGAGCCGCUGGAGAAAAGGGACGAAGGGGUCCAGCCGGUCAGCCAGGACCCGGGGGUCAAAGAGGUUCAAACGGAUCCCGAGGAGGAAGAGGAGCAAGGGGGCCGACUGGAAAGCCUGGAGAAAAGGGUUCUGCUGGGCAAGACGGUGCUCCAGGAUCCUCUGGAGAACAGGGUCCUCAAGGACCACAGGGAAGACACGGCGAACCAGGACCUCGAGGACCUACUGGUCCACCUGGAAAGGAUGGAUUGCCAGGUCAUCCAGGCCAGAGAGGGGAACCAGGAUUCCAAGGCAAGAACGGGCCCCCCGGCCCCCCAGGAGUGGUCGGACCUCAGGGCAAAUCCGGCGAGACUGGGCCAACUGGAGACAGAGGCCACCCAGGUUCACCGGGACCACCUGGUGAGCACGGUUUACCGGGAUCUGCUGGGAAGGAGGGCGCCAAGGGAGACCCAGGUCCACAAGGAGCCCUUGGGAAAAGUGGCCCCGCUGGGCAUCAAGGCUUCAGAGGGAGCAGAGGGACACCUGGUGCCCUGGGACCUGCAGGCCUGAAGGGAGGAGAGGGUCUACCUGGCAUCGCCGGAAUUAUUGGUGCCACUGGAGAGAGGGGCCCCGCUGGGCCGGCCGGCGCCAUCGGGCAGCCGGGGCGGCCGGGCGGCAUCGGUCCUGCUGGGCCGACGGGAGAGAAAGGCGAGCCAGGAGAGAAAGGGCCAUCUGGGCCAGCUGGUCGUGAUGGGGAUGCUGGACCUUUAGGACUGCCGGGACCUGCAGGGCCUCCUGGGCCUCCAGGAGAGGAUGGAGACAAGGGAGAAAUAGGAGGACCAGGACAGAAGGGCAGCAAAGGAGACAAAGGAGAAGGCGGACCUCCAGGACCUGUUGGACUUCUGGGACCUGUGGGCCAGCCAGGACUGCCAGGUGCAGACGGCGAGCCCGGCCCUCGUGGGCAGCAAGGAAGGAUCGGGCCCAAAGGUGAUGAAGGACAGAGAGGCUUCAAGGGGGCGUCUGGACCGUCUGGACUUCAGGGGAUGCCAGGACCGCCGGGGGAGAAAGGAGAGAGCGGACACGUUGGCUCGAUGGGUCCCCCAGGACUGCAUGGUCCACGAGGCCCUCAAGGGCCCAUUGGUGCAGAGGGUGCAGCCGGGCCGCCUGGUGGAGUGGGUCAGCCUGGACUUGUCGGAGAGAAGGGUGAGGACGGCGAGGCUGGGAACCCUGGAGUAGCGGGAGUAACCGGACCUCCUGGUACUAAAGGUGACGUGGGGGAAAAGGGAGACUCUGGUCCCCCUGGUGCGGGCGGGCCUCCGGGAACCAGAGGAGUACCAGGCGAGGACGGGUCCAAAGGCAAUCUCGGUCCUAUUGGAUUCCCAGGAGACCCAGGACCCUCUGGAGAGCCCGGCAUCAAUGGGAUAGAUGGUGGUCCAGGACCUAAGGGAGACAGCGGAGAGCUUGGCAAAGCUGGACCCCCAGGAGCCUCUGGAGAGCCAGGUCCUUCAGGACCUCCUGGACGAAGGGGUCAUGUAGGUGCUGCGGGAACAGAAGGGAAGCAAGGCAUGAAGGGAGCCAAGGGGACAAUGGGAAGCCAAGGUCCUCCAGGUAAAACAGGCCCAGUGGGACCCCAAGGACAGCCAGGAAGAGAUGGUCCAGAAGGGCUACGAGGCAUCCCAGGACCAGCGGGUGAACAAGGGUUAAAUGGGCCACCAGGACAAUCUGGACCACCAGGACCAAUGGGGCCACCAGGGCUUCUCGGACUGAAAGGAGACUCUGGAGUGAAGGGAGAUAAAGGUCAUGGUGGUUUGAUUGGUCUAAUUGGCCCCCCAGGAGAACACGGAGAGAAGGGAGACAGAGGCCUGCCAGGGAUGGAGGGCAGACAUGGGCCUAAAGGAGAUGUGGGUGUGACAGGAAUCGCAGGUCCCACUGGUCCACCAGGACCACCUGGACUGUCAGGGUCUAUCGGUGAGAAAGGAUCAAAGGGGGACAUGGGUAUCGUUGGCCCUCGAGGAGAUCGAGGUCCUGCUGGAGCCCCAGGACUCCCGGGACCCCCGGCAACAAUGAUUGAGCCACUGCCUCUCAGGGACGGCCGGCGGAAGAAAAGGCGGCACUCCGAGCGGGCAGCAGGAGCAGCCCCAUCUGGGGAGGAGGAGGUGCAUCUGGGCAUGGAGGAGUUCCUCCAGGGAGAUCAGCCUCUCGAGGACCCAGAGGGAAUGGAAGAAGUCUUUGCUUCUCUCUCGUCUAUGAAGAACGACGUGGAGUUGAUGAGGAAGCCUUUGGGGACCUUCGAGAGCCCCGCUCGCACCUGCAAGGAGCUCAUGAUGGUUCAGCCCAGCUCCAAAGAUGGAGACUACUGGAUAGAUCCGAACCAAGGCUGUCACCGCGACUCCAUCAAGGUCUACUGUAACUUCACCGCUGACGGAGAGACCUGUCUGUACCCUGACAAGAGGAUUGAGAUAGUGAAAUUAGCAGCGUGGAACAAAGAGAAGCCAGGAAGCUGGUACAGCCAAUACAGGAAAGGCAAACAGUUCUCCUACAGUGACAGAGAUGGAAACCCCGUCCAUGUGGUUCAGCUGACCUUCCUCAAACUACUGAGUGCCACGGCCACGCAGCGCUUCACCUACACCUGCCAGAACUCGGCCGGUUGGUUUGACAGCACGUCCCGCUCUUAUCAGCGCGCCCUCCGCUUCCGGGGCAGCAACGACGAGGAGCUGACGCACGCCAAGAGCCCGUUCAUCACCGCCGUGCAUGAUGGAUGUCAGUUCCGCAAAGGUCAGGAAAGGACCGUCCUCCAGAUCGACUCCCCCUCGGCAGAACUGCUCCCCAUCAUCGAUGUGGCGGCGGGCGACUUUGGCGGCGGCCAGCAGAAGUUUGGAUUCGAGGUCGGACGAGUUUGCUUCAACGGUUAACGUUCAUUCGGAACCUGAACGGCAAGUUUUUCAUCCAAAAAAAAGAAAGAAAGAAAAGAAAAGAAACUGGACUUUGACCACUUUCGCCGCCCCGAGCAAUAUUUAUUACACUCAUGUUCAUGUAUGUGGUGGGUUUGUGGUAUUUAAGACUCUUCGACAGCCAAUGACAUCGGCUUCACAGCGGCGAGGAGAAGGAGGAGGACACGCAGCAGUGGGCACAAAGCACAUUCACCAAAGGGAAAAGUUCCAGUUAAACAUAUUUAAUUCUCUAUUUUGUUUUUUGUCACUUUUUUUUUUUUUUUGAACGUUCACGAGGACCAGCGCCACUCGGCGGCGACCGCUCGCGGAACGCGAUGCGGUCCGUCCUCCGGCGGGUACGAGUCGGUUAAGAGUGGGACUCCUCAGAUCACGGAUGAACUCGUUGCUACCUAAUGUUUUACAAAGACUUUGGACUGAAUGAAUCAGAGGCAUCCUCAUCGGCUCAUUUGCAUGUGCAGAUUUCUCCCGUAAUGACAAUCGCAUAAGUAGUCGUGCACUAGUCUGGCAUAUUAAUUCCACACAAGCCCGCCGUAAUUAAUUUCCUGUGUGCAGGAAUGAUAAAUUGUCCUUUUUACCCUUCAACUGCAGUUUUCUCAUUGAAUUAGCUUGAUUAGUAUUCAAUCGGCGUAGCUAGUUACUGAACCCGACACUUACUUGAAUGGAUAAGGCUGUUUCCUUUAUUGGACGGCUUCCCACCGCGGGUUUGAUAAUAAGCUUUUUUUUCGAGUCCUCCGUGUUUCCACACACUGCAGUUUCUCCAUGUGUCACUUUCACAUUCACACGUUUUUUUUUCUUCUUCUUCUUCUUCUUCUACUGCAGCGCGUACCUGCGGUGACAUACCUCAGCAUGUAGGUUGGGGACAUUUCAGGGCAAAGAAUUAAGAGCGAGCUCAUCACUUACACAGAGACAUAAAAAAAAAAGAAGGCGUUUCGUAAUUGCUGACAAAUCCUGGUUUCUCCACUCUUCCGCCCGGCUCCGUUUUGUUGUGUUCAGACUCUCUGUUGAAUAUGUUGCUGUUCGGUUGACAUGAUUUGCUCUUCAGUGGUGCUAAAGAAGAUUGUGUUAUUUUUGUGUCGCUGUGUUUUUGUGUGUGUGUGUGUCUGUCUGUGUGUGUGUCUCUGUGGGCAGAAUUAUGACAGGACAGGAGAGGAGAGGAGAGGAGAGGGAGAAGGGUUAUUGCUCCUCCAGCAGCAUGAAAAACAGCCAGAAGCUUCAAACUAGUCUUCUGUUUGACAAGAGUAUUACGGCCAUACUGAAGUAAAAACAUAUCUAAGUCGUAAUAUAUCAGGAAAAAACUAAUAUGAACACCUUUUUUUCUUUAGUGGCAAACGCCUCCGACGCCAUACAGCUUCAGUUACUCAUAAGUAUCCAUACGCUGAAGUGUAACUUGACAUCUUGUGUCAUGUUGCAGCUCAGAUUUAGCAAGAAAAUAAUAUUACAACCUUUUCCAUGUAAUAUUACAACUUAAAUCGCAAAAGCUUGAUUUUUUUUUUUCUUCAGUGUGUUUUGUUUUUCUGCACAUGAGAGCGAUGUUAUCGCGAAGGAGAAUCUCCACUCUUAAAAUAAUACGCUAUACACACAUACACUAAAGGUUAUCGCAACAGAAGUCGAUAAUAUCGAUAAUCGUCAUGUUGACAAUGUUCAGAUGAAUCCACACUUCCGUGUCCAGGCGAUAAUUAUUGCGAUAAUUGUCCGACAAAGAUAGAUGUUUUAUGAUUUAUGAAAAAACGCGACCAUCAAACAUUUCUCAAAUGUGAGGUUUUUUU